UAGUUCACGCCAAAAGGACUGUGACGCAAUCAGAAUCCCAAAGAUGGCGGCGUUGGUGGUGCCUCGCCUAGCCAUGUUUGGCAACUUCUGUAAGAGACCUAUUUCAGUGUUAGUUCUUCAGCAGAGGAACCUGCACGACAGUGCUAAAAGCCAGAACACCACUGCAAGUGUGGUUCCUGUCAGAGAGAAGAGCACGGCGGUGGCAGCUGCCAAACCAACAUCUGUAGCCAGCAGCAAGGGCGAGUAUGUCAUCACCAAGCUGGAUGAUUUGGUGAACUGGGCACGCAGGAGCUCCCUGUGGCCUAUGACCUUUGGCUUGGCGUGCUGUGCGGUGGAGAUGAUGCACAUGGCGGCGCCCCGUUACGACAUGGACCGUUUCGGCGUCGUCUUCAGAGCCAGUCCCAGACAGGCUGAUGUCAUGAUUGUGGCCGGAACGCUGACCAACAAAAUGGCUCCAGCUCUGCGAAAGGUAUAUGACCAGAUGCCUGAGCCAAGAUACGUAAUUUCCAUGGGAAGCUGUGCCAAUGGGGGAGGCUACUAUCAUUACUCAUACGCUGUCGUCAGAGGCUGUGACCGCAUUGUACCAGUGGACAUUUAUGUUCCAGGCUGCCCCCCAACCGCAGAGGCUCUCCUGUAUGGAACUUUGCAGUUGCAGAAGAAGAUCAAACGUGAGAAGAAGUUGGCAAUUUGGUAUCGGAAGUGAUUGGGUCUUUAUAGUGUAUGUAUGAGUGUGCGUAUACCUGGGCUGUAAGUGUUUUAUUUCUGGUUUCAUUUGGGAUAUAGCUUCUUCUCCAUGUAGAGCUGUGAAGAAAUCACCUGAAUAAAGUCAAUGUUAUUUAACAUAACCGCCAACUGUGCAAGUUUGGACCAUAAUAAUAAGCACCUAAUUAAAACAUGCAUCCAAAUUA